AUGGGUAACGGCCAAUCGGGCGAGUCCCAGACACCUUGCGAUGUCGCCGGGUUCAAGAUCUGUGCGUCUGUGCCAAAUGCGGUGGGGUGCAAAGAUGCUGGCUCCAGCGACUUUUUCUGUACCUGCGCCGAUGGCUUCCGGUACGCAGGCAGGUCCGACACUUCGAGAUGCGACGAUAUAGACGAAUGCCAUCAAGGGACGCACAACUGUACGACAGCAGUGCCAAAUUCCAUGUGUGAAAACACCCGCGGCAGCUACAUCUGCGUCUGCGGCGACCACCGCGAGCUGAAGAACGGCAUAUGUGAGGACAAAAACGAAUGCGCGCAGAACAACGGAGGCUGCGGGGCCAACACCACAUGCAUUAACAACUCGGAUGCAUCAGUUACCUGCUCCUGCUUGCCCGGAUAUGAGGGAAACGGCGGCCAACCUGGAAUCGACUGUACAGACAUCGAUGAGUGCGACGCCGACCCGUGUCCAGUUAACUCGACGUGCGCCAACACCGCCGGAUCGUACAGGUGUGAAUGCGCCAAAGGCUUUUCAAUGGGCGCAGACGGUGCUUGCAUCGCCAAGAACUACUGCGAUACCAAUGAGCACGACUGUGACCCCGUUUUGGCCACAUGCAAGCAACUCGUGGGCUCGUACACCUGCCAGUGCAAGGCAAAUCUAACCGGCACCGGCAAAAAAGGCAACUGCACGCCCAAAGAAGGGUACGAGAACCUGCCAUGCGAGCUCGCGGGCGAGACGUGCGGACAGUACAGCUCAUGCACAAAGGGCUCGGACGGGAACUACUCCUGCGUGGCGAAGUCGAUGUCGUCCCAGCUAUCCACUGUUAUCUCGGAAGGUCUCUCCUCAGAUACGCCCGUGUGGAUAUGGGCAGCCAUCGGUGGCGGAGCGCUCCUCGUCGUCAUCCUUCUUGUGCUCGUCAUCAAGUACGACUACGGAUCGAUGGACUACUACUACUCGUAG